UAUCUUGAAUCGAUUCUUGUCUGUCUUAGAAAUCAUGUCAUCGGGAAGAGUGAAGCUUGCUGCAUGCGUAAGAAUAGUGAAUUGAGCGUUCAUCAAAAUUUGCAUAAGGCUUGGACUAUAACUUAUCUCAUGUUGUUCUCUUUGAUGACGCAUCAUGUCUCAGCACGCAAUAGGUGACCAUGCAUGAUAUCUGACGUGACUAGUAGCUGCUAGUAUUGUGCCAAAGUGUGCGUGUAACUUUUCAUAACAGAUUUGAGUUUCGAAGCUUCACACAAUGAACGGAGUCGAUUUUUCAGACGUGUCAAUCGAAAACGGCUUUAAAGAGCCGAAUUCGCCCAGAAUUAAUCUUGAAGACAUGAAUAAGAGAUCAAAUGGAAGGAAAUACGAAGCAAACCAGUCAACCAAAGAAGAGUUAAAUGCUAUUACGAAGAUAUGUAUGAUUGCCAAGCUACAAUGUAUAUUCUUUCCGAUGAAGUUGUUCGGUUUGUACUAUCAAGAUGUGAGGGGUACUUGUUCAGGAGAAUUUGUCACAUACGGAGGGAAAUCGGCAUUUUUGAUGCGUUCGUAUCAGUGUGUGGUGAUCGCGAUUCUGUGGAUGAACUUCGGCAAGACGCUAGCUUCGUUCUGGGUCGGUAAUGAUCUAGGAGCAUUAAGACUACCAGCAUUACUGUGGUUUUUACAAACAGCUCUCCAAGCAUCGAUCUGUUUCUUUACCAUGAACUUGAGAUCUAAGAAGUCCGUCUUAAAAAGUUUGCUGUUGUAUUGGAAUUCUCAGCCAAACUUUCACGAACUUGUCAUCGAGUCAUACAUGAUGAAAUGUGUGAAACGAACGUUGAUGAUCGCUUAUUUCUUAAUUGCGAUGAAUACAGUGCUGUAUGGUCUAAUUCUCUUUUCCUCGGAAUCCCUUCUACCAGUGGCACAAGCUUUGGUAUCACCCCUUCCUGUUACAAGCACAGCGGUCAAGAUAUUUUUAUUCAUUGUGUCCCUUUACAGUUCAGCUGCCUGGUUAAUGCCUUUCGCCAUUUUCUCCGCCGUCUGCCUAACUUUGAUCCAUCAGUGCCGCCGUCUGAGAAAGACCCUACGUUUGACUGCCUCGGCCAGUGAAGUGAGAAGGGUAAAGAUCUUGAGGGGGCAGCAUUCCUCGUUGUGUGGCUCUGUCAGAAAAGUCGAUAACCUGUUCAAGUUCUUGACCCUGGUAGUGUAUGUCACGAAUAUCCCGUUACUCUGCUUCCUCUUUUACAACCUGAUUUUCGUCAAGACUGACAAUGUCUUAACCAAAGUGACGCUGUCGUUUUGGUUUAUAAUCGUUGCUUGCAUCAUGAUAGGAGUUUCCUUCCUGGGUGCACAGUUGAACAGCUGGAUUCAUUCUUUUACAGAAGUUGUGCAGAAAGUUCAAAUAUCAAAUGUCGAUCUGGAUACACAUACAGAGUUGAUGUUGUUCCUGGCGAAGUUAGGUGGAGAUCCCGUGGCAAUCACAGCAGGAGGACUGGUACCGAUUACAAAAGCGCUGAUUGUUACGGUAACUGGCGUUGUCAUUACAUAUUUCGCCCUUCUGUAUGAGCUUAGAUGAAGCGUCUUCGUGUGUCCCCUGCCUGUAGAACAGACGUCUUUUCUCGCGUAUUGAGGAGAGUGGAAGCGAGCGAGAAGCAGUUAGUCUUUCGUGAGAUCAGUAAGCAUGCAGAGAUGAGAACAUGGCGCCAAUUUUCGUUAGUGUUUAUUGUUUAUGCCGCGCGCGUGGCUCGCCCUUUGCACGCUCCGGUCUCAUCGCCUCGUGGUUGCCUCCACUCCUAAUAAGGUUGGAAACGUUUCAAAAAGGAAGAAACAGAUCAAUAAUCGUUAGCACCAAGCCAACUUGAAGAAUGUGACUCCAACCAAUCAUUUCACUUCGUUUUACCAAUUAAAUGUGUGGACUAUUUAGGUUUACUGACUAGAGUUGAGUCGUACUAAAUUAUCAAAAUGCGAUAUAUCGGUUAAGUUUGAGAAGCGUUUAGCAAGACUUUGAUUUUUUUAAAAACAAAUUGCAUUCCUGUAGUGUUACAUUCUUGAUAAUCGCGUGGCCUGAAUAAGUUAAUUGAAUUCCGAGAUAAUUGACGAGUUGCCAGAGCGCAUUCGUUGCAAAAAGAUAUUUUCCUUGUAAAAUGUGUCAUUUGAAUAA